AUGUCCAAAAUGAAAGCCUCCAGGUUCCAUCAUGGGCUUUCCCGGAAAAAUCGGCACAGCCUUGGGCCAACUUCAUACGCACUGCAUCCGAUUGUCGUUUUUAUUCUCAGCACUCUCCGUCGAUCCACUAGGAGUUCACCUAAGUUGAAAUAUCUUCUCAUCAGCCUAGCCUAUACUAUUAGUGGCAUGCCGACUUCUAUUCUCGACCUUCCAACGGAACUCAUCCUGGAGAUCAUCCAUUCAGAUGACUCUACAGACGUCACCAUCGCCUACUUAGGAAUGACUUGUCGCCGUCUCCAUGACAUAUGUCAGGUUCUAGUCGUGGAGUGCCAACUUCCGGUACUGCGCACAUUAGUGAGCAGACGUCGCCUCUUCAUCUACAAGAACCCUACUUCAAUCACAAUGAAAGAUGAAGAACUAGGCGACAUAAAGGAGAUAUUUCAAGCCUCAUUCCACAAAAUCGAAUACGUCCCUGUAACCUUCAUCGCUGAGGAAAACGCAAGCGUCCACGGACUUAUUUUCCACGCCAACGCUGUUUGUCAUAUCAACAUCAUACUCGAUUCACCGUCAUACAUGUUCAGCAAAGCCGGGGAAGAAGAUUGGCACAAAUCACUAGCAUCGUUGAUCAGUGUUUCCUCGGCGAAGGAUAUGGCAAGCUUGACCAUCACGGGUAUACCACACGGCGAUCUCCAAUACUUCACCCCCAUACCCGGCAUCCCCAAAACACCAUCAAGUCCUGUGAAAAAAUAUCUCUCCAUUUUUAGCCCCCGUAAGGUCCGCUUUCUCGGUCAUAAAACGCCGUCGGGCGGUAUUCAACACCAUAUUGGUACUCAGCCGAAGCGCGCACCGGGAAGAAAGAGGCUCCUUAACAAUGGGGUAUAUGUCGAUACCCCCCAAGGUCUGAAAAGUUUUGAGAUACACUCCCCCCUCCCUUUUCAUGGAGCAUGCUUUCCGCAUACCUUACAAGUUCUGAAUGGCGGCUACCUUACCAAAUUAUCACUCUCGAACACAAGACUCCGUACGUCAGAUUGGAGUCACAUAUUACCUCUACUCAUUAUGCCUUACCUAUCCGAAUUCAUUGUCGGGGAUUCCGACAUCGCCUUCCAUGACCUUUCACCAUUCUUGUUGCGUCACUCGAGCAUAACCCACCUCGACCUAUCUUUCAGUAGUCCAAUAGGACCAAUUGUGGCCCCGGCGGGCUUUCUUCCUCGCCUUGAAGUGAUCAGCGGAAACCACGAUUAUCUUUUAGGAUUACUUUCCAGCCAGAUACCCUUAUUUCCAAAUCUAUGUUCCGUCACGUUGACGCGGCAUCCCAUGCGAGCCAUCCAGCAAGGUGCUGUUGAUACCAUCUUGCGAAAUUUGGCAGACCGUAAGAGAGGGACAAUUCGUCUCUCCAUCGAAUUUUCGGAUGCGAUCGGUCUUAUGGACUGUUUCUCCAACGCCACGUCAGAACCAUGCUCCUUGGAUUGCGUGAAAACACUCGAGGUCAUUAGGUUCGGGUUCCGCAUGCCCUCAGAGAUGUGCGACAGCUUCUUUUCUUGGGUAUCGGUCUUCCAUUACAUGCAAGAGCUGGAUUUGACACGGCUGGUUCCCCCGGACUCGAAAAUGUGGACGUGGAGAAUAGAUGCAUUGUGGGAUUCAUGUCCGGAGUUGCAGUCGAUUGUCGUCGGGGUAAAAACCUACCAGCGGCCAGUGAAAGGAGUCAAGUAA